CUCUUCGAAGACAUGGGCCGACAGGUCAACAACAUGUCUGGAGCGGACGACCAGAAAGUUGUUGAAGAGAUCGAGAGUUUGUGCAUGAACUGUCACGCAGACGGCACGACCAGAAUGCUACUCACAAAGAUCCCCUUCUUCCGAGAGAUUGUGAUCAUGUCCUUCUCCUGCGACGAAUGCGGCUUCCAGAACAACGAGAUUCAAUCUGCCGGCCAGAUCCAACCGAAAGGCGCCAAGUAUGCGCUACGAGUAGAGAGCAACGACGAUUUGCAGCGGAACGUAGUCAAGAGCGAUGUCUGUGCGUUCCGAAUAGAAGAUGUGGACUUGGAAAUACCACCAGGCAAGGGACAAUACUCGAAUGUGGAGGGCAUCGUUGGCGCAGUGAAAGCCGACUUGGAACAGCACCAGGAUGAGCGUAUGAGGCAAAUGCCCGAAGUUGGCGCAAAGGUGGCAGGAAUCAUAAGAACACUGGAGGAUAUGCUCAAUGGACAACGAUAUCCUUUCAUGGUAUCCGUGGACGACCCUAGUGGGAACAGCAUGAUUGAGCCGAAGCCAGGAGACUCUGCAGGCAAAUGGGCAAAGAGCGAGUACAUCAGGACGGGAGCACAGAAUGCACAGCUCGGACUUGGCGACGAUGUUCCUGCACCUAUCUCGCAAGCACCCGAGACAAAUAUCAGGCCAGAAUACCACGCUGAAGGACUCGUUGGUCGCGAGAGCGCACCGACUGUGCAAGGCAACAAUGUUGAUCAGGAAGAGGACAUUGUUGAGAACCAGGUCUACAGCUUCCCAGCAUCAUGUCCAGGCUGCACAAGACCUUGUGCGACGAACAUGAAAAUGGUCAAUAUUCCAUACUUCAAGCAAGUCGUGCUCAUGUCAACAGUGUGCGAAGAUUGCGGCUACAGGAGCAACGAGGUCAAGACUGGCGGCGAAGUGCCGGAGAAAGGCCGCAAGAUCACACUGAAGGUCAGCACACCAGAAGACUUGGCGCGAGAUAUCCUUAAGAGCGAAAGUGCGUCUCUGCAUUGCCCCGAACUUAGAUUAGAGGUGCAGCCUGGAACCAUGGGUGGACGUUUCACCACAGUGGAGGGCAUCAUGUCGCAAAUACGGAAAGAUCUCCGAGCGCAGGCGUUCGGUCUCGAAGAUGGCGAUGCUGAGCUUCCGGAAGGCGCCGGUGAUUCCAUGACCGCGGAUAGCAAGAAGCAGUGGGACGACUUUUUCGAACUGCUGACCGAUGCGAUUGAGGGUCGGAAGGAGUUCACUUUGACCUUGCAGGAUCCUCUGGCCGGAUCAUACGUGCAGAGUCUGACGGCACCUGAGCCAGACCCGAAGAUAGCGCUAGAAGAUUAUGAGAGAACGAAAGAGGAAGAGGAUGAUCUGGGACUGAGCGAUAUCAAAACGGAGGGAUAUGAGCAGACUGAAACGACUUCAUGAGCACAAAAAGCUUAAGACGGCAUAGAUGAUAGAUGAGAUAUGUGGCUGGUAUCGCCUGCAUCGUGCGUUUGGAGGCGGCGGAAGCAAUGAGUUCCGAUGGUGCCUCUUCAGUCCUGUCAAGGUCGGCCUCGUCAAAAGACGAUCCAGAGACUGAUCGAGCUGCAAGCUCCUCGGCAAACGCAGCUCCGUGCCGUCACUUGGAAAUGAUGACCUCUGCGCUCAUACAUCCAGUUGGCGGUGCCGCCGCCAGUACCAACAGGCAGCCAAAUAGAACUGCCACCAGCCUCUCC